UAUUUCUUUAACAUUGCAUAGAAUGAAAUUCGAUUUCGCCCGAUGUUUUAAACUUUCCUAAACUGCAUGCAUAUAUAUCAUAUUAAUUAAACGAUUGCUGUAUCAUCAAUUUACAUUACUUUAAUAUUUUAAUCUUAUGAUUCGCGUUAUUAUGCAUAUAUUAUACAUCAACAAAUAGAAAUAGUUAAUUAGUGUAAGAAUCGAGUGGUGCAUGAUUUUGGCUUCGUUUAAAAAUCGAGCGAAUUAUUGUAAUUUUUGUGUUCCUCUCUUGCAAUAAUAAUAAAAUAAUAAUAAUAUUAUAAAAAUACGUAUCUCGUAUGAUUAUUUUGCGAUCGGGAGUGCCCUGCAAAGUGUCUGGCGAUCGUUUCUGUAUAUGACUGAAAUAUAAUUAACUGAAAUAUAAUUGUUUGUUCGCGAGUGAAUACGUGACUGCUACGAGGAAACAACAAAGGAUGAAACAACAAAAGAGAAGGACAUCUGAAAAAGUAUCGGACAGAAAGCAGGGAGAGAGCCUGAAGCAGCCAGAGACAUGCGGAUGAUGAGGUUUUGUCCGCUAUGUAUAAAGAAUGGCCUAAAAAGAAAAAUCAAGGCCUUUCAGGUUAGCUUUGAAGAAGCAGUAUGGUCUUGCGAGGGAGAAGAUUGUCCCUGGCCAAUUGGUCAUGAUGAAAUAGCAUUUUUCCAAAGAAACGCUCUUACCUGUGAUUGGAAUGAAAAUCUACCUCCUCCAAUUGGUAUCCCUGAAGAAAGUAUAUCUAUGCCAAUGGAAUUGUUACUUUAUACUCCACCUGUAACUCCUGGAGAAUUAUCUAAGGAAUCAACUGACAGUGCAAGCACUGAAUGUUCAUUCAAUCUUUCAUCAGAAAACAAAACUGAUGAAAUAUUAGUUAGAAAUGAAGUUAUUUAUUCAACCUCAACUAAAGAACCUAUAGGCUCUUCACCAACAUUAGAAUUAAGCAGGUUAGAAAAUUAUUUUAUUAAAGAAAAAAGGAAUAGUACAAAAGAAGAGAAUGCAAGUGUGAAUGUUUGUAAAGUAUUGCCUAGAAUCACUAAUAUUCAAAAAACUCACCUUGAUGUUACAUUUUUAUCAAAAAGUGAGGAGUGUUGUAAUGAAGAAGUACACAAAGAUAAAUAUUUGAAUAAUCAAACAACAAUGGAUAUUACUGAAAAUACAUUGCUUAACAACAUAUUAUGUAAACAGAUUGAUUCAGAUACUCAGUGUAAAAUAGAAAGUGAGCAAGAUAAAAAUAGCAAAAUGCAAUUGGAUGAUGAAAUGAAUAAGACAGAAACAAAUUUAAAUAUAGAGAUGUUAUUGGAGCCUGACAAACAAUUAUUUGGUGCAAACGAUAUAAAUAUCUUAAAUACAAAUAAUUCUGCAUCGAAUAUUUCAAAUGUUAGUUUAAACAUAGACAAAAUAUUAGAAGAUAUUUUAAAUACAGAAAAUCAUAUAACUGAAAACAUAAAUAAUGAUUGGUUACGUUCACUUAUGGAUGUAUAACUUAAUUUAUUAUAAUUUAUUAAUGAUUAAUAAA